AUGCUCGGCUACAUUUACUUCGCAUCUGUGCUGGUAGCAGCAUCAGCCACCAGCCUUACGGACUGCUGUACCGGCCGUUCCAUCACCCUCGAAGCUCGGAUACCACUGAAUACGACUGGGCAGGAUGUUGACCAAGGCGUGCUUCCAUUCAGCCCUACCUCCGUUCUUGGCCAGAACCAAACUUUCGCAGAAGUCUUGAAGUUUCCUACCAUCCCUCCCUCGCUCAACGACGGAACCCAAUACAAAGCGGUUGAAGUGACUUUGAACGAUAAUUCCAUCUUCGCCCCGUCCGCGACCAACAAACAGACUGGAUUCCGACGCACCGAGCUCCUUCCACAGAACAAUGCUAUACCGGUCAACGCCAGCACAUCGGGGGUGCAAAUGUGGCACUUAUCAGUCAGGCGGGACGAGAGUCGGCAACUCAAUUACUCUCAUGAGUACUAUCUGUUUUGGCUGGAGUCUCGGGACUUCAGCCACAAUCAGUUCAUUCUAGGCACAGGAACCUUGUUCGGCGAUGGGAAUAACAAGACAACAGCAGAAGAGGCGGAACAGCUAUGGCUGCGCUCGAAUGAUGCAGAGCCGCAGAGGACAAUCUGGAAGACACCCUUUGCGAACGGCGUGUGGCAUAAUGUCGCACUCCUCCUCGACUUCUCUCAGAAUGUAUUGCAGGUCUACUACAGUAUCGACAAUGAGGAGCUAGUACCACAGGGUGGUGCUGUUGCCAAUGAUCUGACUGGGAAUGGUCAAUUUCACAUCGGUCUACUGAAGAAACCUACCGGAGUGAACUUGACCGACAUUACGAAGCAAGGCUUUCAAGAGAGUGGAAUUGAUGAAGGCAUCAUAUUCGGGGGAGCAUUCGAGGAGGCAUAUAAUCGAGGUUUGUGA